AUGACAGGUCUGUAUAUUUGUCCAAAGAAUGUCAAACAGGACCACAUCAUGAUUAGCUGGAUCUGGGUCACUGGGGUUGGGCUGGUUGAAAAGAAUGAUGAGGACCAAAAGAUUGAGCAAGAUGGUGUCAAACCGGAAGAUAAGGCUCAUAAGGCUGCGACCAAAAUUCAGGCUAGCUUCCGUGGACACAUAACAAGGAAAAAGCUCAAAGGCGAGAAGAAGGGCGAUGCACCAGCUGCCGAGGCCGAGGCAAACGAGAAGAAAGAUGAUGCCCCCGUUGCUGAUGGUGUGGAGAAGAAGGAGGGAGACGGCCCUGCUGCUACCGAUGCAGCCCCAGCCACCAGCCCCAAGGCUGACGAGCCCAGCAAGGCAGGAGAUGCGCCUUCUGAGGAGAAGAAAGGUGAGGGGGAUGUGGCUCCCACAGAGGAGAAGGCCGAUUCAGCUGAGACAGAAAGUGCCGCUAAAGCUACCACUGAUAACUCGCCCUCCUCCAAGGCCGAAGAUGGCCCUGCCAAGGAGGAGCCUAAACAAGCCGACGUGCCUGCUGCUGUCACUGAUGCUGCUGCCACCACUCCUGCUGCAGAGGAUGCUGCCACCAAGGCGGCCCAGCCUCCAACGGAGACUGCAGAAAGCAGCCAAGCCGAGGAAGAGAAAGAAGCUGUAGAUGAAGCCAAACCUAAGGAAAGUGCCCGACAGGAUGAGGGUAAAGAAGACCCCGAGGCUGACCAAGAACAUGCCUGA